AGGAACGGCUAAUUUCGCGGCGACUAAUCAGUGGAAGCUGGUUUUGAAUUUCCAGAAAUCAGCUGCUAUGGUUUUCUUUCAAUCAGGAAAGUGUUUUCACCACCCUGUGCACAGCGUUGUGCAGCAAGUUCCCUGCAAUGAGUCAUCAGCAAACGUUUCUGUGGGUGGACAUUUGAUUCUGCCGCUUGCCAAUUCAUCUGAGAAAGUAUACAUGAGGUGAUAGCGGCCGGUUGUGACCAAUUAGUGGCAGCAUUUUGUUCCUCGUCUGGUCAUUAAUUUGACUGAUCGAAUGCAGUCUUAGGUGUGGCAGUCUCAGCGGUCGUGAGCACAUUGGCUCGACAAUCUUUUAAACAAAGCUGCAUAGCAUCUCGAGAAUGUGGUCGAGGGGCCUCCGAGCUGGGGGCAAGCUGCUGCUUUCUGGUGGGGCCAAGCAGCGGGAUCAGCAUUUCAAACAGAUCAGCUCUCUUCAUGUCCAUUUCGAAGCACCAGCUUGUACCCAAGGAGAGGCAGACUCGGGUGGUUCUAUCAAAGCUUCUUUCGCACAAACUGCGAACCCACCACUCAGCUAUCAACCAGAGCCCACUUACAUUGUCACUCACCCCUCAGACUCCACAAAAGGAAAAGGCAUUUCCGCCCACGAUGGGAGUUCUAGAGCUGAGUCGACAAAGGAUGCGUUUGACAAACUGCUGAGCAGCGGUUUCCCUAAGACGCUGCGGUCGCUGUCCUCAGCGGGCAAAGGGGGGAGAUCGCACCACCUCUCAUCAGGCGCUUUCCGAGCUGAAAAUCAUGCUCAUCGACCAGCCACAAACUCUGAGUGUCUUAUUCAGCUUCUGGGACACCGUGCUUUUGCUUCAAAGGCAGCGCAAGUUAGGGGGCCGAAAAGGAACAUGCCGAAGAAAGUGCGCACUGGCUCAGCUUCCUCCCCAAGUCUUUCUUCUGAGCAGUCAACAGAUCCCACGUUCGAGGAGUGUCUCAGGCAGUUUGCUCCUAUGAUAGACAGCCUGGGAGCUAAGAAAGUUUUGGUAGAGUCUGAAGAAGAGUUUGAGAAGAUGCUGGAGACCAACACAAGAUCCGCAGGGCAGCUUCUUGCCUUUUUAGAUUCAAUACAGCCUCAGGCGAAGGGAUACCCGAAAACGGCGGCCUAUGCGCUGAACUUUUUUGUGGUAGAUGGAGAGGCCAUCCGGGAAGUGCAGCUGAAGUUCAGGACAACGGGCGGGGACUGCAAGAAGCAGGUGCGGGAAGACUUCAGCCAAUUCUUCAGAGAGUGCGGUGUGGCGCAGUCGUUCCGCUGGUCCAUUGGCAGCUGGGGGGCGCUUCACAUCCACGGGGGCGAGAGCGAAGAAGAGCUGCGCGAAAAGGCCCGCCUGAUCAAGCGGUCUCACUCCCAGCACCACACUAACGACGAUUCGGUCGAACGUGAGGAGGACACCGUUCAAGAGGGUGACAGGGAGGGUGCUGACGUGUCGAUCAGAGAAGCUCCGUCAGCGCCGGAAAGCUCCGGGCGGGAUGGGAGUGGCGGGUUGGUAGAGGGGAAGGAGGCUCCUACGUUGGGGAGUGCGGCGGAGACGGACGAGACCGAGGAGAAGAGUACUUCUGAAGGAGCGGACCGGUACGGAGAGCACGGCAGCAUCUUUUCGAUGAAAGCAGAGCAAGCCGGAGAAACGGAAACGGGAAUGAUGUCCAUCGAAGAGCUCAUUCAGUCUUUAGACCCCGCUCUGAAGCUGAUCGCAGAGCAUGCGUGGGGUGGUCAGGACGAGGGCACAGUGGCAGGCGUGCUUGAGAUGCUGGAUAGCUUCAAGAGGAGCAGUCCUCGACUGGGGGAGGCGAUCUCGGAGAAGGUCUGGAAAGGUCGGCUGAGCCUGCAGGACGUGUGCGAAGGUCUUGACCAACGAGAUGUCGCCAUAGCUACGUCUUUGGUGUACCAUGUUCAUAGAUCGGUCGAAAGAAAAGGACGGCCCGAAAGUUGGCCCCCGCCAGAGAAUAUAUAGUCGUCCCUGACCUGGCAAACACUUAACAAAGCGUGCGCUGCCCUGCGGCCACACAUCUUCAGUAUAGCCAAAGAUGCAGUGAAAUCAUCGGAAGCAUGUAAGAUCUGCGUUUGCACUUAGCACAUCAUUCCUGAAGCUCAUGAGUCGGAUGCAUGACCCAUAAUGUAGCGGGCCGCUUUCUCAUAAGACACAUGAGUUACUGACUGCACGAAGACAAUUUACCUACCUGAAGCUAGCC